AUGGAGGAGCCGCCCGCGAAACGUGCCCGCAGAAUGGACAGUUCGACAAUGUGGGACAUGAAUGACAAGAGACCGCGCUCUUCGCGUUCGCCGGAGCCAGAUUCAGACUCUGACAGACCCCCUCGACAAGAGAGAGACGGGUACCGCAAGAGUUACGACCGCCGCUACCGCUCUCGCUCCCGAUCCCGCUCGCGGGACAGGAACGACCGGAGAAGGGAGAGAAGCCGAUCAUGGGACCGGUACGAUCGGGAUCGUGAUCGAGAUGGCAGUAGGAGAGAUAGGGAAAGGGAUGGGCGAGGAGCGAGGGAACGGGAGAGAAGCACCAGCAGAGACCGAUAUUAUGAUCGGAGAGGUUAUCCACCCAAGUCUGACAGAUACGAACGUUCCCGGUCCCCUGCCCGUAAUGGAACCCGUCCUCGUUCCAGAACUCCUCCUCGAGGUCCCAAGGCAGAUCGGAGAGACGAUAGGAGGGAUACCAGACCGCGAGAUGAUGACCGUCGAAGCAAUGGCAUCUCCGACGCCAAGGAUUCAUCGCGGGCGAGAGAUCAUGACGGCGAACGAGAUGUCGAUAUGAGGGAUGUUGAGGAGAAUCCAGAAGACAUCGAGGAGCUUAUGCGGAAGACUGUGGGCUUCACCAAGUUCAGGAGUACAAAGAAUACGAAGGUUCCGGGUAACAAUAUCUAUGGCGUGCGGAAGGAGAAGAAGACAGUAUACCGGCAGUACAUGAACCGCCCUGGUGGAUUCAACCGGCCGCUGAGUCCGACCAGAUGA